AUGCCGGCGCCUGACCGUCAGAGAGACGGCGGCGAUGAGGACGCUGCCGCACUAUUCGACGAAGAAGGUAUGAAUUUGGCUGAGGAAGACGAUAUCGAGCACUCAGACAUUCCUCUCCGCCUCCGUCCGCUCGUCUCCGCCGCCGAGUCCGGCGAUCUGAACGCCCUCCGCUUAGCCCUAGAGAAUUUUGACGGCAACAUUGAUGAACCAAUGGAAGAUGGCGACACUCUUCUUCAUCUGACAUGUCUUUAUGGACAUUUGAACUGCGUCCAGUUUUUGUUGGAAAGGGGAGCUAAUUUGGAGGCAAAGGAUGAAGAUGGAGCGAUUCCUCUGCACGAUGCAUGUGCUGGAGGUCAGUCUAUAAUCAUUUCUGCCUUAUCCAUCAAAAUAACUGUUCUUUCUGUCAGAUAUGGUUUUCUUCUUGAAAGCAUCCUUUUGGAUGUACAUCUUUAA